AUGGCCAAGUCCAAGAACCACACCACACACAACCAGUCCCCCAAAUGGCACAGAAAUGGCAUCAAGAAACCCCGGUCACAAAGAUACAAAUCUCUUAAGGGGGUUGAUCCCAAGUUUCUGAGGAACAUGCACUUUUCUAAGCACAACAAGAAAGGCCUGAGGAAGAUGCAGGCCAACAAUGCCAAGGCCGUGAGUGCACGCGCAGAGGCCAUCAAGACCCUUGUGAAGCCUCAGGCCGUCAAGCCCAAGAUGCCAAAGGGCCCCAGCCACAAACUCAGCCAUCUGGCUUUCAUCGCUCACCCCAAGCUUGGGAAGAAGACUCGAAGCUACAUGGCCAAGGGUCGUAGUCUCUGCCAACCAAAGUCCAAGGUUCAAACCAAGGCAGAGGCCAAAGCUCCAGCUAAGGCCCAGGCCAAAGCUCCAGCCCAGGCUACCAAGGGUACCCAGGCCCCUGUGAAGGCCCCAUAGAAAAGGCUCCUGCCAGUGUGAAGACAGAUGGACCCCUGUGA